UAAAUUUAUUCUUUUUUUAGGCAAAAAUAACUUAAAAAAUGUUUAGAUGUAAAAGUUCUUCUUGUUGGCUAUACAUUUAUGGUUGUCCGCUGCACUUGUCUUCUCGAUAAUACUAAUCACCUACGAAUUGUUUUAAUUUUGCUUUUUUAGUCAAAUGAAAAAUGCUACCUUAUGCUAAUAUAACACAUAUAAUUGAUUCAUUAAAAUCAGUUGGGUAUCUGAACUCAACCAGCAAUUUAUUAUCAUGGAUUUCACUUUUUCACAAUCAAUCAGAAAUAUUUUUGCAGGAGAUUGUGGACAAAACAAGCAUAUCGAUUGAAGAUUUGACCACUUUUACAACCGAAGUAAUACCAUGCAUCACUUCACUUUUUUUCAACGAUACGUUAACAGAAACAGAAAUUACAAACCACAUUAAUAAAGAUUGCCUUAGUUAUGGCACAACAAAAUAUGAAUGUAAUCAUUACAAUGCGGAUGCAAAAGUGCGUUUGUCAAUGCUGUUAUAUGCCGUAAUAUUCACAGCAAUUUUCAGUUGUUUUUGUCGUCAACGUAAAAAAUUCCAUGUAAAUUGUUGUAAUGGUUAUCCUGGACCAGUUGUCCCUUUAAACAUGCUGGAUAGUUAUGAAAAUCGCAUAGGCAUAGCACUGUCAUUUGGACUUACAGUCGCUUCAUGUGUUGGGAUUCUUUUUGGAGAAUAUAAAAGUAUCGUUGGAAUCAAGAUUGCCGAAGAAAUAGCAACAUAUCCAAAGUAUUUUUCAACUUUUCUAAAGAUUCUGUUUGCAGUCUUUGUGUCGAUGCUAACAUACCCCCUUUUUGUAUGCCAACAUAUGCAAAAUAAGCUGAAUGGAGCUAUCAUGGGUCUUAUCUAUUGCAUAACCUGGAUAUCCUUAGAAAUCCAAAAGAUAAUUGCUGUGGUAGGCACAUGCUGGAAAGUUUAUAGCCAAUUGCAUCUGUCAAUUGGUUGGAUAGCAUUACUAAUGGAUUUUCCAAAAUACAUCUGUUUAAUUUUACUUAUGAUGAAAUUUUCUUGGGUUAUUAUAAAAGUUGUAAAACUGCGUCAAAAAAGAAAGAGAAGAGGAGAGGUGAUUAGUUGGUUUUAUUGUGAUGAUACAGACUGGCGAAAGGAAUAUAUGUAUAUACAUGUAAAAGAACUGAUGAAAGCAACUGGAAAAAACAUAAAGGACCAAGAAAGUGAUGACGAAGAUAAUAAGGAUGAGGAAGAAGAUCUAAACUUUCGGGAAAAAAUAAAAAGAACUGCAAAGAAGAAUCUGUACACGUAUAAGCCUGGUUUCAAAUAUUCAACAAGAAUCAUUGCAGCGUCAGUAGUCUCCAUAUUGUCUGUUUACACCGUUUUUUUAAGCAUGGUUAAUGUGGGUUACACAUUUUUUGUGUCAUGGUGGGAUAAUAUAUUCGGUCAUGAUGUGGUAGUAGAGAUAUCAAAAUGGACAGGUUAUCCCAUUGACGAAAUAGAAAAAUACGGUGUUUGUGUUUUAGUUUCGUACUGGUUGGCUUGUGCAUUUGGCUUUGUUUUCUUUCUAAUUAUCAUGAUGAAUUGUCUCACAUGGUAUAGACGUCAUAUCCUGAUGCUUCGAAAAGGAAACCGUAUGUUUUUGCCGAGUUCUAUAGCAAAGAAGUCUCUAACUCCUGGAAACCUCAUAGCUGCCAGUUUAAAAUAUGCAGGCUAUCAAGUUGGUUACUCUGCUUGGGGUUAUCUUAUUACGUUCCUGAUUGCAUUCGUUGCUUUUGUGGUGAUCUCCACUCAAAUAUUUCUUCCAAUGUUUACUCACAGGAUGUCAUUAGUACUCACACUUCUUAUUCGUCUAUGGCCUACUAUACUCAUCGCCCUUGUUUUUCCUCUCCUGCAGAAAAUCAUGGCAAGUCGUUGCUUUUUGAUUGACCAAGAUGUUCUAGCUGUUGACAACAGAAAGGCUUUCCAUAUCGUCUCGUAUUUCAUGUUCUACUUCAACAUAUUCCUCGGAUUGGUGUCCUGUUUUAUACGAAUCAUUUUCAGUAUACUGUUGGGAAUCAUCUUCUUGCAACGACUGCAAAAGAGUGCCUUGCCUAGGUCUUUCGAAAGACGGGAUCCAGGUUACUUGGCGUACCUGGGUUAUAUUUUACUUGAGCACCAGCAUGCGAAUCCAAUUCUGCAAUGUUUUGUUCGGUUGCUAUUGGAAACACAAAAUAAAAAAUUAGAUGAUGAGUUUUAUAAUCCAGCUACUAAACAAAAAAUUAAUUUACAGAUGACAGAUUCAGUCGUUCAUAUUGCCAUGGAAGAGAAAACAGAAGACGAACCCAUCACGAAAAAACGUGUGAUAAAUCGAUGGCAUUUGUUCCUAAUGCUAGCACAGAAUCCAUCUUUAUUGAAAUUUCGAAAGUCAUCCAUCAAGAAAAAACACAUACAGAAAGGUCUGUUAAGUUUGGCAAAGUUUGGGCUAGACCUACCUGAGGAUGAGAUUAAGAACAACACUGAUAAGAGUGAUCUAGAUGCAGGCGUUGAAGACACUGAUGACAAAACAGACCAUAAUGAUUCAAGUUGUGAUGAUACGGAGGAAGACAAGAAAGAUAAUUUCAAUGUUCUUUAUCUGGAAGAUGAUGUAAAAAGAAAUGACAAUAAGUCUAAAGAAAAGUCUAAUGAGAAAUCUAAUGAGAUGCAAAAUGGUGUCCAGUAUAAUGAGUUACAAAAUGGUGAUGUUCAGCUCAGUAAUGUACCAGGAGAGGUGUCGGAUGAUGCUCAAUGUGAGAUGUAUUUUGGAGAAGAUGAUCGUCCUACCACGCCUUCUAAAGGAGAUCAUUAUUUUCAACAUUAUGACGUCAAAUCUCCAGAUAAAGAACCCGUCAUCGGAGCACAUAGCUACGUCACUUUUUUGUAGCUGUAGCCGAUAUUGGCAUAUAAACUGGAGAAAUGCUCUUAUUGUUUAUGAUUUAUUAAAUAAGGGGAUAAAUAAUACAGUUAAUUAAGCAAUGGGAGGAUUUUAGCGGUAAUUUUAGAGAGAUUACUGGUGAAUGUAUAAAAAAAUACCUGGAAUUUGUUACUGAAAGUUUAUUGGCUUUUGUGUUAAGAUCUAGACUCCUUGCUGAAAGUGAUAAGGUAAGUUGGUGCGCACUAUAGAAUAAAUAAAGGAUCUAAUUUUUUUGUUCUUGCUGUUGUUAAUAUGGGGAAUUUUUCUUAUUUCACCUAAUCUUUAUAAAUUUUUUAAUAUUUAAAUUGUUACAAACAUAAUAUUGUUUUUUACAAAAUCUUUGAAAUAAUCAUGUUUUAUUUAUACAUAUAUUUAUUUAAAUUAAUUCACUACGUAAGAUCAUUGUUUAUACGCACUACUGUAAUAUUCAUGUAACUUUUUGUAAGUCUCAAAAUUUAUAUCAGUGUCAGUUAUAAAGGUAUCACUGUUACAACUUUUAAAGCGUACAAAUCCUGUAAUAAUCAUAUGCGCGCUCGAAAUUACAACCAGUUUCGUCAUUAUUCUUAUUUCUUUAUUGUUCUUACCAACAGACCAAUCUUUUUUAAUCUAAAAUCCUAGUCAGAUAUUCUUUUGAAGCAUCUUUUUAUAAAAGAAAAAUUUGCAAUCCAUAUUGUUCUAAAUUACUUUAUCUGGCACCUAGAUUGUGAAUGCUAUCAUCCCUCUCAAGAUAACGCCCAAAUUUCAGACUUUCAGAUCAACGCCCAAGGGGUGUACUGUUAUUAUUUUUAAUUUGCACAUACUUGAUAAAUAUUUAUAACGAGGUUAAUAUUUGUUAUUUUUAAUUAAUUUAGUUGAUUAGUGAUAGUAAUAAAUUAUGAAAGAUAAAGAUCAAAAAAAAAUGUUAAGAUGAAA